CACAUACACACACACAUACACACACUCACACACACACUCACACACAUACACGCACACACACAUACACAUAGUUCUGCAUCCUGUAUUUUUUUAUGCACCGGGAACCGAGCGCUUUAUAAGCGGUCGUGGAUUAUGAUGCUAAUUUUUAUAACAGCGGAAUAUUGGCCUCCCCUUCGGCUUCAACUGUGAAUAGCACUAUAUCGCGUUAUUUUUUUUAUUUUUCAGAUUUAUUUCUAAUUUGGUUUCCCGUUACUUCUGAGCACCGAGAGAUCGCCGAGACGCAAAGCCUACGUUCAAUGCCGUUGGAACAUGUCCUAUGUUCCCUUUCAAGAUGCAAGGUGUGCCGUCCCCCCCUCCUAUCAUCAUCACCCUCAUCGCACCCAAGCCCACUCCUUCCACGCUCCCUCCUACGAUCGUCCCGCUCACGAACGUCCCUCCUACGACCGUCCCUCCUUCAACCGUCCUUCCUUCGACCGUCCCUCCUUCGACCGUCCCUCCUUCGACCGUCCCUCGUACAACCUUCCCUCGCACGAGCGCCCCAUCUAUGAGCGCCCCUCACACGACCGUCCACCCCAAGACCGCAGGAACCCCCAUCUCGGUGUGAACCCCGGAAAUCAGAUCUACAUGUUGGACCAGGAGGAGCUUCUGCUGUGA